AUGGCGGGCCACGGUGGGGCUAGGGCCGGGGAGUACGGCGCAGACGGGGAGGAGGAUGACGAGGAAGGGGAGGUGUGGCCGGGCGGCGCAGCCGGCUCGCCGCCGCCGUCGGGGUCCAGACUGCCCCCCAUUGCAGGAACCACCACAGAGCUGACCAAACGGAAAGUGAAGAGGAAAAAGAAGAAGAAAAAGAAGACCAAAGGGUCUAGCAAGGGGGACGCAGAGAAACACCAGAGUCAAGGCCCGAAGACUCAGACCCUUUCCUCAUCCUUCCAAGACAUUUUAAGUCCCAGCAAAGGCCACAGCCCUUGGGAAGAAAGCCAACACAGCCCUUCUUCCUGCCAUAGCACGACGUACCCCCAGUGUGCGGAAAUAGAAAAGAACCUCCCGAACCAGGUCAACGAAAGCCUGCGCUGGGAUGGAAUUCUCACCGACCCAGAAGCAGAGAAAGAAAGGAUUCGGAUAUAUAAACUGAACCGGAGGAAGCGGUACCGCAUUUCAGCCCUCAAGGGCUUCCCUUCGGAUCCCAGCCCUGAGGAGACCCCUGACAACUUACCCUACCUCUCAGACAAAGACUGCAGCCCCAACCGUGGGCAGGCCCCCUCCAAACUGGAGCCGGCGCACCCCCACUUGGAAGGCAACCUUACCACAAAGCUCCCGCCCAAUGAUUUAGUCAGUGAUCUGACAAAGUAA